AUGAACCCAGCACCUGGUCAGGGCCUGGCGGGCCGGGCAAAUGUGCAGAAUGCACAAGUCGCUGGUGCUCCGAACCGGCAGCAAGGACCUCAUAUAUAUCGGCCGGAAAUGAUGCGAAACAUCACUUUUCUCGGCGAGGAAGAGAAAGUCAAGUAUGAGAAAGGCCUUGCCAACCUCUGGAAGAUGCAUGACACAGCUGUGCCUGGCUCUACCCAGCAGGAGGAAGCAAAGAAGAAGAUUGCCGAGUUCGGCCGGAUGUUGGUAGCCAAGCUUCACCAGCGCCGCACCCAGGUGCAGAACCAGCAGCAACAACAACAGCAACAACAGCAGUUGCAGCAACAACAGCAGAUGCAACAACAACAACAACAGCAGCAGCAGCAGCAGCAGCCGCCGCCGCCGCCGCAGCAGCCCCAGCAACAGCAACAGCAUCCGCAACGGCCGCCGCAACCCCUUCAGCAGCCGAACCAAACCCAAACUACACCCCACGUGCAAGCAGGUCCGGCUACUCAAGGGGGUGCCGGGUCCUCAAAUGGCAUGGCUAAUCCCUCCUCUCAACCACCGGCAGCCGGGCCGCAAGCGAGGGGAAUGCCCCCCCACAUUGUAAGCCAUGUCAACGACAUCCACUUCCAAGCCCCGAACAACGUCCCGGACAAGGCGAAGUGGCUGGAGGAGAUCAAGGGCAAAUACGCAAGGGCACUAUACUCGAUGGACAGUGCCCGCAGCACAACGAAGUCGAUCGACCAAAAUCUGCAGGAGAAUCCCUCCUUGCCCCCCGAGGAGCGGAAGAAACUGGAAGAACGUAAGGUGGUGCUCCAUAAGCAAUACACGGACGCCAUUUCGUUUGCCAACAUGGUGCGGAAGCAGUAUGGUGGUGGAAACAGCCAGCGGCCGGCGCAGAACGGCGCCGGUGUCCCCAACACCGCCAACCAGGGACGUCCACAAACUGCGGGAUCACAAGGCGUAACCCAGUCUGGCCCAGGAUUGAACAAUGGGACGCCGGUCGCAGCUCCCGCAAACCCCAUGCAAAGCUCCACCGCAACUGUCAAUGCUGCCAUUGAGGCUGCCAAAAAGCAGCAGUUGGCGGCCGGUCGCGUGCCAGGUACGGUGAAUGCGCUGCCUACGCAACAAGGGCCGCCACCUCAACAUCAGUCCCAAGGUCCGGCAACACCCGCACAGGCACAACAGUCUCCGGUCACCCAAGCACCUCCCGCACAACCCAACACUUCCCAGCCACAACCGCAGCAAACCCAACAACUUCAACAUCCACCCCCACCUAUCAAAGUCGAACCCGGCACCCAACCCAUUCCUGCACCUCUCAAUACGACCAUCGCUGCUGCAACAUCUAUGGCUGGAAUGCCAUCUGCCGGGACGCCGACUCAGAAUUCUGCGCGGUUGCAGACCCCGCAGUCGGCGACGCCCACGGCCGCCAACACCAACAUUCGCCCUCUCACGCACGCGGCUGCCGUAAAUCUGGCGUCGCAACGGCCCGGCGGGAUCCCAGCGCCCCCCACCACCGGGCCCGGAAGCAACGCCGCGUCGGGUCUCGGCGUUAUUGGUGCAACGCAGCAACAAGGACACUCGCACGCUCACCCGCCGCAACCGCAAACGGCGGCGCUGAACUUGCAGCCCAAGCUCCCGAUCGCCAAAACCCUUCACGAGAAGGCUGCGCAGAUGCCGACUCCUGUUCCCAACAUUGGUGGGAUUGGCAACAACACCAGCCGCCCCACAUACAGCGGUGGCGGUGGCGUCAUGAACCAGCCCGCGUUGAACAAGGCGCCUGCGUACCAACUCGAGGGCGAGGGUGAACGUAUCCUCAACAAGAAGAAGUUGGACGAGCUCGUACGCCAGGUCUGUGGUGGGACGGCUGAAGGACAAGAGGGUAAUCUAUUGACUCCCGAAGUGGAGGAGUCUGUCCUCACCAUGGCCGAUUCCUUCGUCGACAAUGUCCUCUACCAGGCCUGCCGCAACGCCAAAGAGCGAGGCUCUAAGAUCCUGGAGAUUCGCGACAUCCAGCUUGUCCUUGAGCGUACCUACAACAUCCGCAUCCCCGGCUACUCGAGCGAGGAGUUGCGGACGGUCCGCAAGGUCCAGCCGAACAGCUCAUGGAUCAAGAAGAUGAGCGCCGUCCAGGCUGCCAAGGUUGUCCCCGGCAAGGGCGACCUGUGA